AUUAUCUCAUUUUAUUGAUGACUCACUUUUACAGGAGUUAAAUGUCGUGUUUUUAAAAAAAGAAAUAGUUCAAUAUUACCAUAACACGCAACAGUGUUGAUUAUUAAUGAUGUAUUUAGUUUCAUUUUCGAUAAACACUUUUAACAUUACUAAUGCACACGUAAAGAGAAUUUGAAACAGUUAUACAUUGUUUACUACGUUACAACAAAAUAAGUGGCCCAUUAAGGGAUGCUUAACACCGGAUAUAGUUGAAAUAACUUCUACAUAUUAAAUAAUCAUUUUACUGGAAAACUGCAAAACAAAAAUGGCUUCCAGAGUGCAGAUGAUGAAAAAAGCUUUCAUGAAUGGUGAUAUUAAGAAAGAUUCUUUUAGUGGUGUUAAUAAAACGCAAAAUAAGGAACCGAGUAACAUAUCGGCACGUUGGAAUGUGAAAAAAGAAUCAUCGCCAUCAAGUUCAACUUCCAACGCGGGGAGCACAACCCCGAAAAUGGGACGUACGAACGCUAAAAAAGAAAUAUACCAACAUAGUGAGUUAAAGGACAAAUCGGGGCAAUCCCCACAGGUGACGCGACGAAUACACGAUAAUACGGCACUGUCAUCUGGUGAUUCGAAUAGAACAGAUGCUACGUUUACAAGUAAAGCAACCUUGGGAAAUAUAGGUGUAAAUUCAAGGACAACUAGAAGUCCUGUACGAACAUGCAUACAAUCGAGUGAAUCAGCACGUGAUAGAAACAUACAUACAAAUAUUGCAGUAAAUGACACACACGAAGUAAACAAAAUAAAUACGGACGAUGUAAAGCCAGAAACGAAUAAGAUGGAUAAGGACCUUUCUUGUGACUCCCCAAAAUUAGGGGCUAAAAAGGAUGGAAAGGCAACAAGGUUUGCAAUGCGGAAACAGAAACGUGCUAAACGCCAUAGAUCUGAUGGGUAUAUGCUUGCUCUCGAAAUGGCUGCCAAUUCGUCUGAAGAUGAAGGGUUCCAAAAUGAUCCUUCUCUUGGCGACGCUAUAAACUUUCUACAGUGGAUUAGAAAUCCGACUUUACAAAAUCUCGCAAAACUUCGGAGAGCUAUAAAAACAAAUGACAAAGACUGGAUGAAAGAGUUUCUGGAGUUUGACGGCUUGGGGCUACUGUUUCAGUGCCUAAAGGACCUAAGUGCCAUUCAAGGAUUCCAUUUAACAGAUAUGGUUCUAAAAAUGGAAUGCAUUAUGUGUAUCCGUGAAGUGGUCAACUCUCAGACGGGGCUAGAUUGCCUUUUACAAAUAAAAGGAAGAAAGGAUAACAUAUUUGGCCGUAGAUUUGCGUCGGCACUAGAGACCAAAAACUUGAUGGUGAAGAUGCAGAUAUUUGAACUCCUCUCAGCAUUGUGUGUCUACUCCAAAGAUGGGUACUACCUGACGCUAGAUGCUCUAGAACGAUACAGGAGCUGGCAAAAACUGCAGUAUCGAAUGAGUGUGCUUCUGAAUGAAGUGAGAAAAUCAGAACUGGCCACUUACAAAACCACUAUCAUGGCACUUAUCAAUGCAAUCAUUUUCGCCAAUGAAAACAUUAGAGAUAGAGUGAGGAUCAGAAACGAAUUCCUUGCUUUGAACCUGUUGGAUACAAUCGGAAGUCUACGGUGUGAGGAUGACGAUGAUUUAACAGUUCAGUGUGAUGUGUUUGAGGAAGAGUAUAAUGCAGAUACAGAUGCACUUCAGGAGAAUAAAUCAGGGUCUGUUAAUCUAAAUGAUCCUCAGUCCGUAUUCAUGGCUGUCUAUAAGAAGGUACAAGGAACACCGUUGAAUGCCACUUUGCUCGGAAUUCUACAUUCCCUACUUCAGAUUGACUCUCACAGUACACAAAGUGAAAGUACAUGGACCGUAAUAGAAAGACUUACCCAAGAAGUACUUAACAAUGAAAACAAUAUAGACAGUGGAUCGCUGCUACUGAAGUUAAGGGAACGGGCAAAGUCAAUCAGAGACGAACACAUCCAAACAGAGAACGCUGAUAGUUCCAUUACUGGAAUUCCGAGUGUACCAAAGCCCCCACCACCUCCUCCAGUUCCAGGUGCCCCUCCACCACCACCGGUUCCAGGGCUUCCAAAUGCACCUCAACCACCCCCUCCACCACCUCCGCCUGGUGUACCAGGUGCCCCACCGCCACCACCAGUUAUCACUUUACAAGGUAUACGGCAGCCACCGCCAGCACCAGUUGUACCCGGUGCACCACCUCCUCCGGCUGCUCCCGGUGCGCCACCAUCGCCAAGACCUCCCGGUGCACCUCAACCACCUGGAUCUCUUACUCCUGCACAAACAGAUGCACCAACACCGAUCGAUACACCUAACCCUUCAAAGAAACUGAGAACACUUACCUGGAACAAAAUUCCAACUUAUGCUUUUAAGAAAGAGAGUGUUUGGAACGAAGUGCUGAAUAUGGAAGACUCAAUCGAGGUAGAUUACAGUAAAUUUGAAGAGAUGUUUUCACAGAAGGAGGAAACUGCUACGAAAACAACGCUAUCCCCUGAUGACGACAAAGGCCUUAUACGGAGAAACUCAUCACAUAGUCAAGAGGUGACACUACUGGACCCGAAGAAGAGUAUGAACUUGAAUAUAUUCCUAAAACAGUUCCGAAAACCAAAUGAAAUGAUAAUACAGUUAAUUAAAGAAGGAGAUGCUAGAGGUCUUGGUGUAGAAAAACUGAAGGGACUUGUGAAGCUUCUUCCACUUCAAGAUGAGAUUGAUAUGAUUCAAGGCUAUGAAGGUGAAGUGGACAAACUUGGAAACGCAGAAAAAUUCUUUCUACAGCUGAUAAAAUUAUCAGACUUUAAGUUAAGAAUAGAAAUGAUGCUCCUUAAAGGGGAUUUUAAUUCUCAGCUAGGAGCUAUUCGUCCAAAUGUGCAAGUGCUUACAUCUGUGUGCAGAAAGCUCAUGGACAACGAGUCGCUCAAAGUGUUUCUAAGGUUCGUGCUUCAUGCUGGAAACUUCCUCAACAAGGGAAGCAGUGCUGGUGGUGCUAUUGGGUUUCGUAUCGGUUCCCUCAAUAAACUAGUCAUGACAAAGUCAAAUACGGCGAAGAUGACUUUGUUGCAUUACCUGGUAGAAGAGGCUCAACAAAAAAACAAAGACUCUCUAAACUUUGUAGAUGAUCUCUUAGAGCCGCUGCAAAAAGCAUCGAGAUUCAGCUUGGAUGGUAUGAUGGUGGAAUUUGCAAGCUUACAAGCCAAUGUAAAUCGCCUGAAGGGAUUGCUAGAACAUGCAGACGAGGAAGUCAAAACACAGUUUAAAGGAUUUAUUUUGGUUGCAGAAAACGACAUUGGUGACACUGAAGAGGCAAUAGAACGGGUGAAUAAACUCUCCGGCAAACUAGCAAUACAUUAUUGCGAAAAUGAAAAGUCUUUCAAAAUAGAUGCAUUUUUAGAAUCAUUUAAAGAUUUUUGUGAGAAAGUUAAGACAUGCGAACAGGACUUGGAAACUUGGAGAGUCAAUGCAAUGAAAGCAGAACAGAGACGAAAAACGCAGGAGGAGAUAGCAGAAAGACGCAGAAGUGGACAUACAACACAUGGAUUGAAGCCACCUGGACCAGAAGAUAGGAAAAUCGUUGAUAAUAUUGUCAAUGAAAUAAGAAAGGGGAAGGUACUCAGGCGUCUGUCCAUGAGAAAAAAGGUCACUGACAAAGAAAUUGCCGCGGCUGGAAAUCAAACGUGACAGUAUUUUGAAAUGAAUCAUCCGGAAUAGUAAUGGAUUUUUGACUAGCAACAACAAACCAUUGACAGUUGUUGGACUCGUUUCGAUCCAUGUAGCAGUUAUCUUCAGAGCUUUAUAUAGUGCAACUGAGAACGCGCCAUUCUGUCGAAGUGCUGAAAUAUAUCCAGGUCUGAGGUAGUUUGAACUACGUUGCACGUAUUGCACUACUUCAAUGGUUUGGUAAUUAGAGCGUUAAAAUUAUCAUAAUUGCAAGAGCCCGCGUUCAGAUUACUGUAUUUUUGCGUUUGUCUUCGAUUUGUUUUUAUUAUUGUAAAACACAACCAAUAAGCGAUGUAAACAGAUCUAGACACUUUAUAGAAAAUAUACUUCUCUAUUAACUGUACAAUUUUGUAUAAAGAA